AUUAUAAGUGGUCUGUGGUUUGACAGAUAAGUUGGAUUAAAUCAAUAAAUAAAUAUAAAUAGAUUCGAUUAAAUACACAGCAAGCAAAACAUCUAAUAACUAGAAUUUAAUUUUUCCUGAACAAUAGCUUCUGUAGUGGUAUCCUAGUUUGUUUUAGUUGAAUAUAAAGAUUAGAAAUAAGGUAAGAAUUUUUGGACAGUAAAAUUCAGUUCUGCUGUACGGCGUCUCAAUAAAAGUGAUGAGCAACAUCUAAUUGUGAAAGUACAGUAACCCACAGAAUAAAACAAAAAUGUCUUUUAACAGAGCAGGUUACUCUCAAGAAAGGGCUCGGCCUACAAGCUGGGAAAAAGGAAAAAGUGAAAGUGGUCUUGAAGCUUUAGCCAGAAAUUACAGCUCUUUUAAUUCUGGCACAGAUAACAAAAACCGAGAAACUCGGGGAAGAAGCCCUUUCUCCCGUGACAGAAGUCCAAUGCAUCGUGAAAGAAGCCCAUUGCAUCGUGAAAGAAGCCGAUUGCAUCGUGAGAGAAGUCCAUUGCUUCGUGAAAGAGGCCCAUUACCUCGUGAGAGAAGUCCAUUGUAUCGUGAGAGAAGCCCAUUGCAUCGUGAAAGAAGCCCUUUAAAUCGUGAAAGAAGUCCAUUGUAUCAUAAAAGAAGUCCAUUGCAUCGUGAAAGAAGCCCAUUGCAUCGUGAAAGAAGCCCAUUGCAUCAUAAAAAAAAGCCCAUUGCAUCGUGAAAGAAGCCCAUUACCUCGUGAAAGAAGUCCAUUGUAUCGUGAGAGAAGCCCAUUGCAUGGUGAAAGAAGCCCUUUAAAUCGUAGAAAGUCCAUUGCAUCGUAAAAAAAGUCCAUUGUAUCGUAAAAGAAGCCCAUUACAUCGUGAAAGAAGCCCAUUGCAUCGUGAAAUUCGCGAAAGAAGUCCCCUUCGGCAAUCAAAGACAUCAAUUGAAAUCUAAAAUUGAUGAAGCAGGUUCUUUCAGCGGUAAGAAAGAUCAAUUACACGAUGAAUCUGAUGAUGACUCCAGAAGCAGAAGUUCUCCGGAGGAGAGUAGUGAUGAAGAAAAAACUUCACUACAAAAUAACUACCGAUCUAAUUUUUUGAUGGCAGUCGAUGACAUCGAAAUGAAGACAGUGGUUGUUCCUGUAGGAUAUCCAAAAGAACGGCUUAGGAAAUUUGAUGUUAUAGUUCUUAAAGCGUUACUAAAUACACACAUUGGAUUUAUGGAAGAGAAGGGUAUCACAGGGCUAGCAAUUCAACGUCUUAUGGACCGCAAAGGAGCAGCCAUUGUCGUAUGUAGAAAUAGGUAUUCGAAAGAGUGGCUAGAUAGUCUAAUUCCGCAGUUAAAGCGAAGGGAUGGUAGGGACCUAAGAAUUGCAGAUCUCAAGGAAACAGUCGGCGGCGGCGGCGGUGAAAUUCAAGCCAUAUUGUGGGUCCCUAAACAUUAUAUAAACGACAAGGAAUAUCUUACUAAAACGUUAGCAAAAGAAAAUCCAGGACUAGAAACUGGACAUUGGGUUAUAAAAUCCAGGAAGAAUAAAAAGACUGGAGUACAAAUAUAUAUAAACCAGGAUGACGUCAGUUGUCUAAAAAAACUCAAUAUGGAGCCUCUAUUCGAACGAAAGAGAGUGAAAGUAGAGAUCGCUUUUCCCAAGAUUUCUCAGAUUAAUGGAUAAAUAAUGACAGUUGCCUUUUACAAAAUGCUCUAUGGAACCAUACAGUUCUAAGUUUCGUAAUGACAAAUUCGUUCGUAUUUCAAGACGGACAAGUUGGUUUUGUUUAUAUUAGAAUAAUAAUUGUAUUAUUUUGUAAAAUUUGUAUGUAUCCACUUUAUAUUGAUAUAUAAAUAAAAUAAGGUAGUUGU